AUGACCGAACCCUCCAGGAAGCGUUCCCGUGUUGCCUGCACACUAUGCCAAUCGCGCAAGCGCAAAUGCUCCGGCGACCAGCCAUGCACAACAUGCGCCCAGUUCGGCUCCGACUGCCACUAUGACCUCCAAUCACGCAGGAAGCGCGAUGCCAGGCUAUUCCAACUGCAGUCCGCCGCUUCUGCAGAAUCCCCAGUGGCCCCGGAUGCAGCGCAUCCUCCGCGCCACGAGCACAAGAUCUCCCCAGAGGAGACAGCAGCCCGACUCAGCUCGCUAGAUGCCAACUCCGGCGCAGCAUUCGCCAGACGACUCGGCCUCAAGGUCGAUCCCACCAAUGCGCCCAAGAUGCAUCUAUUCGCAUGGAACGUCGGCGCGCGUCAUCUUCCACCUCCAUCAAUGCCACCAUCAUCGGCCCCCAAAGCAGUCCCUAUCACGGACACCAUCUCGCAGGACGAGAUGCGCUCCCUCGUAGCCAUCUUCUUCGACAAAGUCGACCCAUGCUACCCUUUCGUCGACCGCGACACCCUCCUUCGCCAAGUCAGCAGACGCUGGCUUCCACCCACAGCCGAGUCCGCUCUCCUCUACAGCCCCUACGACGCCGUCCUCAGCGGCGUCGCAGCAUUCGGCUACCUCUUCUCCCGCAGACAGUCCAGCUCCACAGAGCUCCAACUCGCCGAAACAGCCCGGCUCAUCCUUGAACAAACCCUACUAUCAGACACUACACCCACUCUCGACACUGUAACAGCCUGGGUUCUCCGCGUCGCCUACCUCCGCUUGACCUCCACCCCGAACCUCGCCUGGACAGCCAGCUGCACCCUAAUGCACCUCAUUGAAGCUACAGGCCUGCACCUCGAACAGCCCUCCUCUGACGCCAUCAACCAGCUCCCCACCCCAGUCGACCCGGACCUCCGCCGGCGCCUCUUCGGAAUGGCCCGCCACCUCAACGUUUGGAUCUCCUUUGAACUCGCCCGCUCCCGCGUCGUUCUCCACGGCGCAACCUCCCUGCCCCCAACACCGCGCGUCCCAGGUACCCCAGAAAUCUUCACCCUCCUACCCAUGUCCGAAAGCCUCGACCCAAACACAAUCAAAACCCCCGACCCUCCAGAACUCGAAUCCGCGCUGCGCAACGUCCUUGACCAAUCCCACGUCUUACCCCAAUUAAUCCUCGUGCAAUGUAACCUCAUGCUCUGCAUCUACCGGCGCCUGCGCGCCCUGAACUGCAUUAUCUCCGGGGACUUACUGGACCGCGUACUGGCACUCUCCGUGAAGGGACUCCAGGCAGCGAGGGAGAUGGUCGCAACGACCUGUCCGUGGCAUCAGAUCGCGAAUGUGCCGUUCCAGGUGGUGUGCACGCUCCUGGCGAUAGACAAUCGGGCGUCGUUGGUCAUGUUGGGGGGUGCGAUGCGCACGCUGCGUGAGGUGGCGGCCGCGUAUGAUACGGAGGUGAUGCGCGAGGCGUAUAGUACGGCGUAUUUGCUGAUUUUAUUGCACCAACGCAGGAAGGAGGAGGAUACGAAAGCGUUGAAGGAUGUGUUGAGGGUUAAUUCGGGGGCGUCGGCCGAGCAGUUUGAGAUGGGACAGGAGGUUAGCCCUGCUGCUGAUAGCGGUGGUGGUUCUACGGAGCCGCAUCAUUCGCUGGCUGAUUAUCCAGGGUUCUCGUGGUUGAGUGAUCUGCUGAUUGAUAUUCCUAGUUUGGGCAGUUUCGAUAUGGAGCGGUUUAUGUACACUGAUGUAUAA